AGGAACACGGUCUCGUUCUCAGCUGUGUUUGUGUGGUGCGGCUUCCAGUCCGGUAACACUACGCAACUUGCUAUCGCAAUGGCAAGAUUAUGGGAACAGGAGGCGAGACAGUUUCUCUUAGCAGAUAGACAGGCUAUGGCUUCGCUGUUCAGCUUCGUGGGUGGAGCCUUGAUCGCGCGGUUAGGAGAGCGCAUCGGACCAACGUCAAGAGGCUGGUUGUGGCUGGGUACGAUGUGUCAAGCGUUGUUAACGAUGGCGGCUGCCAUCACCAGUUGGAAGAGUAAUCAAGGAUAUCCAGGAAUUUCUGAUGACCGCUAUGUCGCCGGUCCCGCUUGGAGUGACGCUGUGUCUUUUCUAUGUCUCAUGUUUAUGUCUUGCAGUAUGGGCAUACAAGGUCUGAUGAGCUUGCGCCUUCAAACGCCCUCGGCGGCUACACUCCCGCUCACUACUACUUGGUGUGAGCUCAUGGGGGUGGGAGCGCUGUUCAACCUGAAUCGAAUGGACUAUGCCCGUGAUCAAAAAGUCCUUGGUAUUUUCAGCGUCAUGCUCGGCGCCAUCACUGGCCGUGGUUUGAUCUUCAAACUCGGCUCCCCAGGCGCACUUGGCAUAGCGGUUGGUAUCAGAGUGCUAAUUGCAUUCAGCUGGAUAUUUGUUCCGAGCUCUGAGCCACCCAUAAUAGUGGCGGAUGAGGAAAAGACAGACAUCGAAAGACCGUCGCCGGAAAGCAAUCACAGCAGUAUCGUCAUCAUCGCACGCAACUCUACGGGCGUGUAA